AUGCACGUGAUCCCGACACCACGUUGGGUGUGGGCAAUGUCACGUCGACCUACUAGCCACGCAUAUGUCACAUUUACUACAUUAGGUGGUUACGUUGGCUGUGGGCUUUUGAGGGAUUUUUUUCGCAUUCCAUCUUAUGUAAAGGAUGCUAAUUUAGAUGAUCAAUAUUUAGCUGACCUAUCAGAAAGCAUGAGAAAGUACCCUAAGCCACCCUUCAGUCUGGUGAGGUUUGUGGCUCAAAUCCUAGUAGGAAACCUCUGGAGCACCUUCUUUGCUGCUGCCAUACCCUCAGAAGAACUUUUUGGCAUUACCUGGACUCCACUUGUACAUCUUGCACCAUUAGGUACAGCUCUUGCUGUGUGGACCAUAGGCAAUAUUGGUCAUGAACAAGGGCAGCUAAAGUGGGCUAUGAUUGGAGCUUUUAUUCUUUUACCUAUCUCACUUUUACAUCCACCUGUUGCAAACUGGAGUGUGAUAUGUUCUUCUUUGCUGUUUAAUAUGAAUGCAAAAGAGUGGCGAAGGACACCCCAUCCCAAUACUCAUUUUUGCAAAAGAAUGAUGGUUUUGACAAUGAGUUGUUUACUAAUGAGCAGUUUGUGGGCCUCAGCAUUAUAUUUCAACGCAACAGUAACAGACAAACAAGGAGAGCGCAUCAAGCUGAGAGAUGCUGCCAAGAACUUUCUUAAUUCUCCUAUGUUCUUGAAAUUUAAGGAGAAUCUCAGAUUCAUUUAUAAUGAUGCACAGGAAAAUGGAUGGAGCAUUGCUUGGGAAAAUUUUGUAGAGCUGCUUGAUCCACUUGGGGAAAUACAUGCUCUGAAGGUGUUAGGUCUGCCAAAAAGGGCAACUCAGGAAGAAAUAACAUCUGCAUACCGAAAACUUGCAAAAGAAUGGCAUCCUGAUAGGUAAGUGACUUAAAAAA